AUGAGGAUGCCCAAAACUACUCUCAUGAGGAGGCCCCCUUGCUCCCUGCACACCCACGGCAUCACCCACAGCAUCACCCGCAGAGAAAACCUUCUUGACUGUUCACACGGCAUCACCCACGGCAUCACCCAUGGCACCACCCACGGCACCACCCGCAGAGACAUCCCUCCCUCGUGUCUCUCUCCUCCAUCUGCUCUCUUGACUCAGAGAUUUUUUUCCCUCGUGUCUCUCUCCUCCAUCUGCUCUCUUGACGGUUCUCUUCUUCACCUACCCUCUCUCCCACCCUCUCCCCCGCAACUGUCACGCACACCUGCUCUCCAACCCUCUCCCGCCUCUCUUUGCACGCCCACAGCAACGUCCGUCCCUCAUGCCUUCCUUUUCCUAUCUGUUUUUUUUCUGUGCCCCCCACCCAAACCUCUCCCUCACUCACUCCCACACCUCUCCCUCAACCACUCCCGCACCCUCUCCCCCACCCACUCCCGCACUCUCUCUCUCACCCACUUUCGCACCCUCUCCCUCACCCACUCCCGCACCCUCUCUCACCCACCCCCCAACCCCCACCAGCACCGCUCACUUCAGCCCCUCCACUUCAGCACCGCUCACUUCAGCCCCUCCACUUCAGCACCGCUCACUUCAGCCCCUCCACUUCAGCACCGCUCACUUCAGCCCCUCCACUUCAGCACCGCUCACUUCAGCCCCUCCACUUCAGCACCGCUCACUUCAGCCCCUCCACUUCAGCACCGCUCACUUCAGCCCCUCCACUUCAGCACCGCUCACUUCAGCCCCUCCACUUCAGCACCGCUCACUUCAGCCCCUCCACUUCAGCACCGCUCACUUCAGCCCCUCCACUUCAGCACCGCUCACUUCAGCCCCUCCACUUCAGCACCGCUCACUUCAGCCCCUCCACUUCAGCACCGCUCACUUCAGCCCCUCCACUUCAGCACCGCUCACUUCAGCCCCUCCACUUCAGCACCGCUCACUUCAGCCCCUCCACUUCAGCACCGCUCACUUCAGCCCCUCCACUUCAGCACCGCUCACUUCAGCCCCUCCACUUCAGCACCGCUCACUUCAGCCCCUCCACUUCAGCACCGCUCACUUCAGCCCCUCCACUUCAGCACCGCUCACUUCAGCCCCUCCACUUCAGCACCGCUCACUUCAGCCCCUCCACUUCAGCACCGCUCACUUCAGCCUGUUUUUGAGUCGACUCAAAAACAGGCGGCCAUGGCCCUUGAUCUUUCACACGCCCACAGCACCACUCACUUCAGCCCCUUCGCUGCUUCCUUGAUUUCCCUCGCCCCCGCCCACUCCUCACCCACUUCGCAACCCUCACCUCACCAGCCCUUACCAGGGGCAGAGGCCCUUUGCUCACUGCACGCCCACGCCAUCACCCACGGCAACAGCCGCCCCUUCACUCCUCCCUUGACUGGUCUCGCCCCUGCCCACUCCUCACCCACUACCCAGCCCUUACCAGGGGCAGAGGCCCUUUGCUCACUGCACGCCCACGCCAUCACCCACGGCAACAGCUGCCCCUUCUCUGAUCCCUUGACUGGCUGUGGCGAUGGUCACUGGGGGAGCGACGUGGGGUGA